AUGAGCAGCACCAACACAGGGUAUGCCACUAGCAUGACUAAUACCAGUGCAUCUAGCAGCAGUACUUCUGCCACCACUACCAGCACCACCCAGACUUCUACCACUACGCCGGUUUAUGCGGUAAUCAGUUCCGUCUCAUUGGAAAGUUCCGACGGCGAAGACGAUUUAGCAAAUGCUGUGGCUGCUUAUUUAGCGGAUCUGUUUGCCGUGCCCUUGAGUUGGGUGGUCGUGACUGCAACACUCGACGAUUCCGUAAUCCGGUCUACCAAGUGGGUAUUCAAAUUCGUGAUAGCUGCACCGAUAGAGCAAGCCAAUCAAGCUUUCGAGGUUAUCGAACAGAUCGCUAAUGAUACGACUGCGAAUAAUUUCGAAGCAAAUCUGAAUACAUUCUUCGAGUCGCAAGGCUUGGAGGUGAAUGAAGAAUCGUUGGCAGUCACAGCACCAGAACUUAAGAUUGUUACUGCCACCGUGACAACCGUGAGUGUGUCUGAGACCAGCGCAACGGCGACCGUGUCAACUGUAAGCGUGACUGAGACCAGCAUGACGGUGACCAUCACCCAGACUACUGCCACCGUGACCAGCACCAUCACCGUGACCACUGCCACAAUGACCAGCACCACUACCUGGACCACUGCCACCAUGUCCAGCACCACCACCGUGACCACUGCCACAAUGACCACCGCCACAGAGUCCACCACCGCUACACUGACCACCGGCACUACCAUGUCCAGCAUUGCUACAUUGACUACCGCCACUGAGACCGCCACUGCCACCAAGACCACCUUUUCCGGUACAUCCACCACACCGACAACACAGACGGUAAGAUUUGCGGUAGUUUGGUCUGUGAGUGGCUCUAUGUCGUUUAGUAGCGAUGGCAAGGAAGAGCAGUUGGAGAGUGCGGUGGCGAUUGCAUUGGCUGCAUAUUUCGACGUGCCCUUGAGUAUGGCGACCGUGACUGCUACGAUUGAUCGACGGCUCAUGCCGGGCAGGGAGCUCACAAUCUCGCAAUUGUGGACGGUUGUUCAUCGGAUAAUUGCAGAUGAAGUCACGAUCGGCAGAGUGUAUGAUCAUGCGAUUGAGCUGUCCGACGCUUCCAACGUUACCGCCCUUGGAUAUUUCGACGAGCUUCUGAUGACUGCUUUGUCGAAUGAGGGCGUGGAUAACUCCGAGCCAGUUCAGGUAAUUCACGCAGCGCCCCAGAGGGAGAUGAUCACAGCUUCGACGACGGCGACGGAGGAAUCUGUCCUCCCGACAGCGACGGCGGAGGAGGGUGACGCCGCCCCGACGAUGACGGAGCAGGACCGCGAGGCGGCAGAAGUCAUCGUGGGCAUCACCGUCAGCGUGGGCAUCUUUUUGGGCGCUCUGGCCGCCCUUCUCGUGAGGUACUGCCGGCGGCACAGGAGUCCGCAGCGGGCCCAAGGAGAGGAGCGGCAGGACGUGGUAAUGUCCGCGGAUGACCCCGAGCCCGUGGGCGCCCCAUCGCCCAGCCCGGCAUGUUCGGAGCUUGGCUCAGAUGACGCGUCUGAGCUAUCGAUCUAG